GUGACCGCUUACUUCGCGGGUGACUUUCAAAUUUGAAGCAUUGCUGAUUGAUCGCCGAACGCGCGUUGAUAAAGUGAUUGAUCUAGUGGGUGUUAUGCAAUGAGAAUAAAAUGGAUGAGAUGAGAACUACUUUGAUUGUACUUCUGGCGGUGGUUUGCUCGGUGACUUCGAUUCUCCAUGAACCCUUAACAAACUACCACCAGGAAACUAUCUACCCUUCCACCAAAACCUACUUAACAUCUGCGGGAUUCAAGACGAGUUAUACUUUGGCGGGUCCGGAGAUUCUGCACAGUUCGCUUUACGAUGUUCCGAGGGUUGUUAGAGGGCCUCCUCAAUAUCCACUGUUUACGCCUAAUAGCUUCGAUCAAAGACCAGAAACGGUGGGGCAAAUAGAGGAAUACAGGAAAGCGCUGGCGGAGGAAGCUGAAGAGAGGAAUAAGGAAAAUGAAAUAUCGACGAAUUUUGGUAAAUUUGGAAUACUGCCGAUUCAUAAUGAAGCUACUAGAUCGUACGUAGAUUUCGAAGGAGAUGCGGUUAAAUAUAAAUACAGAGUUUAGUGUAUUGUUAAUGAUUUGUUUGCUCCAGGUUUCUCAUUAGUUUUUUUUAUCUCCUAAAAUCUCAGGUUUAUUAUUACCUAUAGGGAAAUGUUGUUAUGUAGAGUUCAAAUUUUAUAUCGC